UUUUUUAUUUUAUUUCUUUGUAGAGAGAUUAAUGGCCUCAUUGUGAUGUUUUAAUCACAUUAGCAUUUACAUUGAAUUAAAAUAGCCAUGUUCUUGUGAUGCUUGUAAAUCCGAAUCUUACUUGCUCCACCCAAGUACCAGGCGGAUCUUGGGAAAUAUGUCAUUUGGAGCACGCACGGUGGUGUUAGCAACCUUAUUAUAGCUCAAUGGCAGAAACACACAUCAGCAAACUCAAAGGAUACGUGGAUUCUCAUUGAAUAAUUGUAUGGCUCGUGGCUGGGUGAAAGCCCAUGGUGACACAAAUUUACCAACAAACUGAAACCGCAUAAGAGGACAGAUGACUCGACACGAACAUAAUUAUUUUCAUGGGACACAGAGAUAUGCUUCUUUUUGUUUGUAUUUGCUGACUACUGAAGGAAUCAUUGAUCACGGACUGUUAGUUAGCAGGUAGAUAUUCCGGAAUUUCUGGCCAGCUGCAUUGCCAAGGUCCUAUAGGUAUUUGGAUUGGCUGUGGUAACUGUGUGUAACUAUAGCAUACUAGGCUCGGAUACAACAAUCAGGUCAAUUGGACGGAUUUCCCAUUCUAGCUACAUUCAUCCAUUCCAUGUUUACUCGGAGGUGUAUCAACUUGGCUGGCUAGUUAACGAGCUAGCUAGCCAAACACACCGAGUCGGACGGGAUUAUAAUAUUCCACGUUGCUAGCUACCGUAUUGUUUCCCUCCAGGAAUUUGGAUUUAUUUUACAAGAACAUUAACAGUACUUAGUUAUAGAUAUCUUUGGGCCAAUCCCUUUGAAACUUUACACCGAGAUUUCCCUCAACAGCUAUAUUUAUAAACGAAUGAAUUUAAAAGCUACUAUAGCUAGCUAGUGUUGUUCGAUUUGGAAAAUGGAUGCGGGUAUUGAAAAGGAAUGCAGCGCUCUGGGAGGGCUCUUCCAGAUCAUCAUGAACGACAUGAAGGCUAGUUAUCCAGCCUGGGAGGACUUUGUAACCAAAGGAGUUAAGCUGCAAUCCCAGCUAAGGGCAACCGUCAUCGUCACGAGCUCUUUCCUGGAUGCCUUUCAGAAGGUGGCAGAUAUGGCGACUGGAACAAGAGGGGCGACAAAAGAGAUUGGCUCAGCCUUGACGAGAAUGUGCAUGAGGCACAGAAGCAUCGAGUCCAAACUGAAGCUCUUCACCACGGCACUAACAGAUACCCUGAUCAACCCCCUGGAGCUGAAGAUUGAGGAGUGGAAGAAGGUGGCCAGUCAGUUGGACAAGGACCAUGCCAAAGAAUACAAGAAGGCCAGAGCAGACAUAAAGAAGAAAUCCUCAGAUACAAUCAAGCUGCAGAAGAAGGUUAAGAAAGGAAAGGACGAGGUGCGCGGGCAGCUGGACAGCGCCCUGCAGGAGGUGAACGUGCGCUAUGCUGUGCUGGAGGAGACUGAGAAAAGGGCGGUGUGCCGGGCGCUCAUCGAAGAGAGGGGCCGUUACUGUGCCUUUGUCAGCAUGCUCAAACCUGUGCUGGAUCAUGAGAUUAGCAUGCUGGGAGAAGUGACCCACCUGCAGACCAUCCUAGAAGACCUGAGCAGCCUGACGGCCGAGCCCAGCGAACUGCCCCUCGCCAGCGAACAGGUGAUCUUGGAUCUGAAGGGAUCUGAAUACAGCUACAGUUACCAGACGCCCCCUGCCUCCCCCAGCAACACGCUGUCCCGCAAGAGCAGCAUCAGCAGUAACUACAACUCUAUUAGGUACGUCCCCUCUCUGGACUCCAUCGCUACCUCGGUGGACAGCAUUCACCUUUGCCUGCCCUCCAUGGACCCAGCACAGCGCCGCUCGCCCAGUCCGUUGGCACGCUUUGAGGGCUGGGACGGUACUGCGCGCUCCCUCAGCGAGGGCAACUCGCCAACCAUCUCCGCCCGCUCUGGUGCCCACCGCACCCAUGUCCGCUCUGCCAGCCAAACCAGCCACAGAGACACCACUGAGUUGAGCGAGCCGUGGUCGGGGCAGAUCGGGCCGGGCACAGAGAAUGGCACGGCCAUGCCCCCUCCACACAACGCCUACACACAGCACGGAGAGAGAGCGCGCACCAUGUCCACAUCCGGAAAGCUGGCCCUGACCCUGGGCGGUGGGCUCAACUCAGAGGCCCCCCACACCAGUCGCGACUCCCUCCACUGCUCUAGUGGCUACAGCACGCAGACCACCACGCCCUCCUGUUCCGAGGACACCAUUCCCUCCCACGACUACGACUACAUCUCCCUGCACGGGGGCGAGGAGUUGCACCACAGCCCGCCCGACUUCGACAAGUCCUCCACCAUCCCGCGCAACAGCGACCUCAGCCUGCAGUACCGCAAGAUGUUCCAGAGCAAGCGGCCCGCCUCGACCGUCAGCCUGCUUGCUGAGCCCGAGCCGCUGGGCCUGCGCCAGAUGCACACUGCCACCAUCCGCCGCAAGCCCUCAUCCAAGCCCACCUACCGCCGUGGCACCAUCAGUGGCGGCGUACCUAUCCCUAUCUGCACCCCCCAGGUUCCCUUCAAAGCCUUGGGGGGAGGUGUAGGUGGAUCGGGGAAGAGCGGGAGCGGCGAGAACGUGGGGCCUCCAGAGAGCAGUGUGGGGAAGGGCGUGAUUGGCAUGAGCAGAACGGUGGACCACGAGUUGGUCCUCGCCAAGCACAGUCUGUGCACUUCCACCCAGAGCCUGAGCGCCAUGCCCUCGCACCACUCAUCAUCCACGUCGCCCUACUACUCUCUGAUCCCGGGCCAGGCGCCAGUGCCCGUGGGCAGCUCAGAGCAGCUGUACCAGCUGAGCAAGCAGCAGCAGUACGCCCUGCGCCAGCAGCAGCAGAAGCAGUACCAGCACCUACAGUACAACCAGCAGCAGUUCCAGCCACCCCAGACACAACAGUUGCAACCAGCAGCCCAGACACAACAGCAGUUUCAACUACAGCAACAGUUCCAGCAACAACAACAACUACAGCAGCAGCAACAGUUACAACAACAGCAGUACCAGCAGACACCACAACCGCAACAGCAGAAGCUCCAAUAUCAAAAGCAGCAGCAGCAACAGUUUCAGCGGCAGUCUCAUCUCCCGCAACAGUACAACGCAUCUGGGACUGGCAACCAGCUGGUGGAAAGCGGCCACUGCCCUCCCCCCCAGCAGCCCCCUGCUGCCCCAGACACCCAGGACGCAGAUGAGCCCUCGGGUGGCGGAGGUCACAUGGUCACCAUGAUCCGGGGAGUGAAACUGCGUCGGACUCUGACCAACGACCGCUCUGCCCCCUUCAUCCUCCUGCCCAACCAAUUCAAAUGAGCCCUUCCCUACCAGUGUAGGUUAUCGGACUCUGACCAACGACCGCUCUGCCCCCUUCAUCCUCCUGCCCAACCAAUUCAAAUGAGCCCUUCCCUACCAGUGUAGGUUGUCAUCGUUUUGUUUUACGAUUCUUGCUUUUCUUUUAGCCCCGUUUUGAUUACAUUUCUCCUGAGAAAAGAAAGGAUGUUUCCUUUUUGGACGUUUUGUCUCGUGUAAAAGGUUUCCCUCUCUCCAAUCAAAUGUCCAGUAGCACUGUGUUUUAAACAGAUUGUUAUAAUAUCCCUCAGAGGGACUCGUAGGUGAAUGUGGCCUCUUUAUCGCUCUGUAAUUUAAGAUUUUUAUACAUACUGUACAAGGAUGCGUGUUGGCUAUAUACAAGAAUUUAAGCGCAUAAAUGAUAAGUCUUAUGUUUCUAUAUUGUUGAGGGGAAAAUGCCUUGCUUACUUAUUAGUCUUAUCACCUGUAUGGUUGGAAACAAUAAAAACCCAUACAUAUGUAUAUAUUAGCGUGUUAUACGGAAAUCUUUAUUGUAUUUUUUAUUAUUAAUCAGUGUCAAUGACAGACUGAAACAGUGGAUGUGUAAUGAAUGAUCCCCUAGAGGAAAUUAAAGACGCAUAACUAGACCUAUAUACCGUUCUAGUCUGCAUCUCAUUCAAGAUGUGAUCAAGUAAGCUCAAUCACUCUCCAUAUAGUGUAGGUCCACCGUGGCUUUAAAUGCUUUGAGGUGACUUUGCUAUUUAUAAACACACAUGCUUCACCUUUGUGGCGAAGGUGACAGGCUUCUCAUGAUGGAGGUUGACUGUACCAGUGUUUGAGCCAAUCAGAAGCUUGCACCGAAGGGCAGAGAGGGGUCACAGGGUCAACGAAAGGCUUUGUGGGGCUUUUGAUAGCAGAGGUCAGGACCACUGUACCAUAACCUUGAGCUGGAAAGUAUAAAGCCACCGUUGUUUGGGGGGGCAAGGAGGACUGCAAUGCUCUUAAUCCCUGCUCUAAUAUGUUUUAACACUUUCUUCACAUUGCCAAGCACAUUGAUUUAGUGAUGUAUGUGGGGUAGUUUUUCAACUGAUCACCCUGUUCCCCAUAAGUGAUAGAUAUCCUCCCUACCUUCCUGAGGUUGGAGUUCUGGUUAAUGUUCAAGUUUUUAUGCAUUAUUUCAGGGAAAUCGGCUCUUUUAUUAUGAACAUAUGGUGCUAUUGUGACAUACCAAUCCCAGCCUGCACUGCCUCCUCGCCCCCUGACUUACUGCACUUACACAUGAUGCACUCACUGGCCAUAUUAGGGAUUUUAUAAUAACUGUUACUGACCAUGCAAGCUGUUGAAUCAACUAACGGACAGACCAUAGAAGUUGUGAGGAGACUCACCGUUUCUGCAGUGACAAUAGUUUUGCAGGUUAUAGUGGUUUUGGGAUCCUUCUGGAAUGUGAGCCCCAUAUCAAUUAUUAUUGAACCUUUAUUUAACCAGGCAAGUCAGUUAAGAACAAAUUGUUAUUUACAAUGACAGCCUACCCCAGCCAAACCCUAACCCGGACUACACUGGGCCAGUUGUGCACCGCCCUAUGGGACUCCCAAUCAUGGCCGGUUGGGAUACAUCCUGGAAUCGAACCAGGGUCUCUAGUGACAUCUCUUGCACUGAGAUGUAGUGCCUUAGACCACUGUGCCACUCAUGCACCCUGUUAAUCACAGCAUUUUGAGGGGUGGGGUUGUGAAAUAAUUUGAUAAAAGGCAAAUGAGUAAAAUGGCACUGUAAUUAUAACUUGUUUACCAUUGUCUUUUUCUUAACUGAACCACUUUAAAUGUGUGGGGUUUUGGGCCUUCUAGCCAUUACACAUAGCUACUCGUUCUUAAAAAUAUCCCCUUAGUCGUGCUGUAUAGAGAGGGCGAUGAAACCAGAGAAGCUACUUUGAGUAGCGACGACGCCGCUUAGUGCAUAUGCCUCUUCCCCGAUAUUAAACGGGACUCCGCACCCAGCUGGACUGGGUUAUUCUCUCCUCUGACUCACAUUCCCUCCCGGUUUGUGUAGGAGGCCCAUUUACCUGACACUACGCAUCGAAUGACCCCAUUGGCCGGUUUAGCCAUUGUGCGCACUCCCACCUCUUCUCUGGCCUCUUCAUGUUGCCGGGGGUAACCCCUGUCCCCCAGAGAAACUACAAUGGCCUCUGUAAUCGAGGACUUUGUUACAGAAUAGGCUUAUACAACACAACUCCUGACUCGAGCAAAUUUGAAGCAAUAUCAGGCUACAUUUGAGCCACAGCUUUAAGUUCAAGGUUCCAAAUGGUAAUUACAGUACAGCGUGCAUAUCUCCCUAACCCCAAAGUAGGUCUGGGAUAGUAAAAUUAUGGGGCAGCUGAACUGACUGUUCCCUUUCUCUGUUGGGUUAAUUGUAUGUAAUCCGAUAAGAUUUGUGUUCCACUAGAAGAACUCAGAUUUAUUUUGUUUGUUUGAGUGAAAUAAAUUAUCCAAGUUAUGUUUAUGUAGACUACGGAGAUUAAAUGAAGUUAUACGUUUUCUCAAACACUGCUGCAGUCCCACGCCAAACCCUGCCAAUCAGCAAGAGUGAAGGGCAGUAUCCUGUUCUAAAAAGCAGUUUCCAAUUCCUUUCUUUGACCUUGGCUUCAGCCACACUAUGUCUAAGUCCCAAAUGGCACACUAUUCCCUAUUUUGUGCACUACUAUGGGCCCUGGUCAAAACUAGUGCACUAUAUCGGGAAUAGGGUUCCAUUUGGGACAUAGACUGUUGGCCACUCACCGGCAGUGUGUGAGAGACUGAGACUUGGUGAGUGUUGACUAGAAGCUUUGACCCCAAACUGCCCCAUAGAGCUCCAACUGAUCAACCCUCCUCCUGUCCAUCCUGUUCUGUAAAGGGAGUUGAUCUCUUGUAAAAGCGUACAAUGUAAAUUGCCAAAUGUCACAAUUGCAUCUGUGUAAUGAUGCUGAAGCCUUAUAUUAAAAUAAAUGUGGGUUUUAAAAUACAAA